UCAUAAUUUCCAUCCAGUACGCCCUGAACUGAAGCGCAUCAUUUUCUCUCCGUCUGCCGACAGUUAACCAAGGAUACCAGCUACGAUCACACGUUACCUUCAAAAUAGCAAACUUAAUAGUAGCCUAUGGUCUCAUUCAGUAACCGCAUUCAUCCGAAUACCCUCCUGCUCCCCUGACCGCCUGUGCACCGUUAGCAUUCCGGCCGAGCAUACAUAUUGAUUGCUGAGGCAGUGGGAAACGGAUAGGCCUACAUCCCCUGAUAUAGUAGCCUAUGUUCUCCUCCUGCGCCUGAAGGUAGAAGCUGGCGAUGCUGUUUCCCUAGACUUGAUUUGGAGCCUUUCGCUGCGGGGUGUUUACGACAUUUCAUACAUACGUUUGGUGGCAUCCGCCGGUGACUACGAAGAUGGCGGAGACGGCAGUCAAUGCAGCAUCCAGUGGUGCCUUGACAGGAUUGACUCAACCAUCAGUUGCAGAGAAGAGAUCCCAAAGCAACGGCCAUGGCUCCCCAGCCCGUGUGGCACUCUAUCCAGGGAGCCUAGCUGCGAAACACAAUGAGGUGCUGAGCCCACCCUCGGUCACAGAGAAGAGGCCCCAGCUCAAUGGGCUCCCCUCCACUUUCCUUCUGCCAGGCAACAACACUAACAAUCAUGCAGAUGUGGAAGGGUAUCUGAGGACAGAUGACCGGAUGCGUUUAGCCAAAGAGAGACGUGAGGAGAGAGAUAAAGGUCUAGCUGUGCGAGAGCAGGCAAUCAGGGAGAAAGAGCGGCGGGCUCAGCUGCAGUAUGAGCGUACGGUGGAGGAACGCUGGAGGAAGCUGGAGGAGCAGAGACAGAGAGAGGAGGUCCGCAGAGCUGCUGUGGAGGAAAAGAGGAGGCAGAGGCUGGAGGAGGAGAAGGAGCGGCUGGAGGCUCUGAUGAAACGCUCCCUGGAACGCAGCCUGCAGCUGGAGCAGAGGCCCAAACGCUGGACAUGGGGCGGACCUGGAGGAGCACAGGCUCCCUGCAGCCCCCACAGGUCACCCUAUCGGGGCUCGCCAAGCCGGGUUGAUCGACGGAGGCUCCAGGGCUCUCCAGAGGAGUCACCAGCAGGAUCUCGCUCAACCCCUCAAACCCCCAAGAAAGAGAGGUUACGCAGAGAGAGAAGGACUGGCUCCCCAGCGACAGGCUCCUCCGUGAGAAGAGCAGAAUCCCCAGCCAUGUACACCAGACGCUCAGCCUCCCCCGCCACCCCCAAGUCGCUGCCUAAGAGCCGUACUCAGUCUCCCUGCACUGUGCGCCAGUACCACCCCUCUCCCAUCAGGCACAGACCCACCACCCCGGUUCCCGACGGCAACAAGGAGGAUGGACAUGUUGAAGAAGCCAAAAGUCACAACAACAUCAAUGACAGAAAUGUCUCCAAGCCAGAAACCCCUGUGAAAAGUAUGUCUGAUAUCCAGAGCCCUGAGAAGUCUUCCCAAGCAGACAACCCUGAAAGAAAACUGGCCAAAACUGAGACCCCAGAAAAGAGAUUCCCCAAAACUGAAACCCCCGGUAUGAACUUAAAAGGUGAGAUUUCUGAAAGAAAGGACUCUAUGACUGACACAUCUGAUAAGAAAGCCUCCAAAAUAGACACCCCAGAUAAGAAGAUGCCAAAGUCCACCAGCAGUGAACUGAAUGCAGAUAAGAGCUCAGAGCCAUCGCCAGUGACAACAACAGGGAAAGGAGUUGCCGGGACGACAAACGCAGAGGAAGCAUCCAGACUGCUAGCGGAGCGUAGGCGUCUGGCCAGGGUGCAGAAGGAGUUGGAGGAGAAACAACAUGUUGAGCGGGAGGAGAAGGAACGUCUGAAGGCAGAGCAGCUGAGGAGGAGAAAGGCAGAGGAGCGGGCACGGCAGGAGGAGGAGAAGAGCAGACAGGAGGACCUCCGCAGGAGGAGAGCGGAAGAGGAGAAGCGGCAGAGGGAGGUCCGGGAGAAGGAGCUACAGGUCCAGAUGGACAGAGAGAAGGAAGAGGGCGAGUUUCAGGCUCAGAAGGAUGCAGAGAGUCAGCGUCAGGAGAGAGAGAUGCUGAAGCUGCAAGAGGAGGAGGAGAGACAGCUGAGGAAGAAGAGAAUUGAGGAGAUAAUGAAGAGAACCAGGAAGAGCGAUGAGAACCAGGAAGAGAUGAAGCAGGAGGAGGGGCAGGUGGAGACUCAACCGGUCUCACCACCAGGGGAUAUGCAGAUGAGCUCAAAGAUGAACGUUGAAACGAAUGCUCAGGUGAAUGUGCAUGAAAACCCAAAAGCUGAGUCUCAGGUUAAUGGGCAGGCCGCUGCCUGCGUCAACAAGCAGGACAGUGCCCUGGUGAAGGGGCAAGCCACUGAUCAGGUGACCCCACUGAAGAAUAUUCUGGAAAAGGGACAGAACGCUCAACAAGUAAAUGGACAGGGUGCAGCCCAGGCUCUCAAGCAAGAGAGUGUCUUAGUGAAGGGAAAGGUCCCUUCCCACGUGAUCAAGCAGGAGAAUGCACAAGCGAAUGUACAGGUGAAGAAACAGGAGGGUACCAAGGUGAGCAGCCAAGCCACUGCUCAGCUCAAAACCGAGGAGAGUACUCAAGUAAACGUGACGUUGACCACACAGACACACAACGGACAAGGGGUGCAGACCAACAAACUGUGCCUGGCACUCCUACCAGUGGGCCUACCCCCACCUCCACUCAUCAACCUGGAGCUUCUGGAUGUGAAGAGCCGUGGGGUGUAUGAUGAGGUGCAGUCCAUGGAGGUCAGCCCAGUUUCCAAGGAGGAACUUAUCUCCAUCCCAGAGUUCUCCCCAGUCAAUGAGGUCCAGGAAAACGCCAUGAGUAAUACCCGAGCCCUGGAAGAUUUGCUGGACCUGACGGGUCAUGUGGCCUACCCCAAACUCUCCCACGUGGACAGCCUAGGAGACUGCAACAAGAACCUGAUCGACGGGCUCUGCAGUCCCGGCGCCGAUUCCAAGCUCAUCCUCCACCCUCAUACAAGCACAACAUCCAGUUGCCAGAACCCUGGACUGGCAAGCCAUGAUGGAAGGAGCAGAGGGAAAUGAUCUGCAUUAUCUGAUGUUAUUGAGGAUGGAAGUCUCUGCACCUCUUGAGAUGAGAGAGAGAAGGCACUCUGAAUGUAGUUUUGACCCUCCUUUGUUGGUCUCCAACCUUGAAUGUCCAUUAACCUUCAACCUUCUCCUAUAAUACAUCUGUCCUCAUAGCCUUGGACAAUGGAACUUAAGUGACAGUAAUAUUAAUAGAUUUACUAUACUUGUCAAAUAAUAUCGUAAUGAUAGUCAUAGAUAUCUGUGUCAUGCCAUGUAUCGCUUAGAGCAGUUGUUAGUGUGGUGUCUGAAACGUGGGUGUGUGUGUGUCUCAAUGAAAGGAAGUGCCCAUGAAGUAAUUGACUCUUGAUCUGAGGCAGUUAGCUAAGCUAGUUAAAUCUCAUUUGAAAACAAAAGCUUUUAUUCUGUAGUUGGAUAGAAGCACAGACUGGUGAUGUCCUCUCCUUAAACAUUUGUUUUAUAGUGAAAGACCCCACAUAUACAGAUGUAGAAUAUCAUAUCAGUAAGUUGCCUUUGCUAUUGCAGUAUUGUUCCUCUUAGGAUUGAAAGUUUCAUAUUGAUCUGAAUCCACCUAAUGUAGUUUAGUAUGCACUGAUCAUUCAAUUGGAUUGUUCCACUGAAAAGUCUACAGUUUUUCAAAUCUGGCUGUGGAUGCCUCAGGCUAGCUCGUAUCUCCCUGGACAUGAUUAACUCCCAAGAGUCUCGAGCUUGUUGUCAUAGUGUAUGUUUCCAACAUGCUGUGUGAUUGGGUUUGUGGCAUGUAUGCCAUAAUACUUGAACCCAGGUGAAAUAGUACUGCAACUCAAAAGUCAACAUAAAGAAUCUGUACAAUAACGUUCCUCAUUAUAAUCCAGAUUGCCAUCAACCCAUGCAUUGCAAGUUUUGUGGUAUCUUUUCUUCCUUGAUCUACAAAGUAAUGAGCUAUGCAUGAUCCCUCAAAAGUCUGAAACCUCUGAGCUGCUAUCAUUUGUGUCUUAGAUUGGUGACUUUGAUUGCUACAAGUCAAGGACAAAACCUAUCGUGACUUGCAGGAUGCUGUGUUGUCCAAAUUAAGUUUAUUUCGGUGUGUAUAUGCACAGAUGUGAGUGGUCAGUCAUUGGUUCCACUUGGACUGUAUUGUGUUUUGAUCAAUAAUGCACCAAAAGAAGGCAAGAUUUUUACUUGGAAGACUAAGCAACCAGGGAUUUAGAAAUUCAGGUUAAAAGAGAACACAUUUGAACAGUUCAAACCUACUGUAGUGCGUCUUAUUUCUAACUAAAGCAGCAUAGCAGUUAAUUUAAAAAAUGGAACUAUUGUAAACAUUGUGCAUGGGUCAUUAGCAUAAGAUGUACCAUUUAAUAAACCUUCAAACAAUAA